AUGGAUCCCUCUAAUCCUGAGGAAUCUUCUCAUCAAUCACAGACUGUUACCCCAGAAACCUAUCUGAGAUGUCAGAGUGCGGAGAGAUCAACAGAUCCAUCUAAUCCCGAGGAAUCUUCUUCAAACCAUGAAGGAGAUCACGCAGGAGAGAGUACAUUGCCUUGCACAGUGUGGGGGAAAUCAUUCACUGAAAACAAAGCACUUCUUAGACACCGGAGAGGUCACAAGGACAAGCGUCCUUUUUCAUGUGCAGACUGCGGGAAAUGUUUCACCAAGAAGAAAGUGCUCCUAAUGCACCAGAGAAUUCACACGGGUGAGAGACCUUUCUCAUGUUCUGAAUGCGGGAAAUACUUUUCACGCACGGCAGACCUUCGUAUACACGAGAGAAUUCACACAGGUGAGCGUCCUUAUUCGUGUACAGAGUGUGGGAAAUGUUUCAUUCAGAAAGGAAGCCUUCUUAUUCACAAGAGAAGUCACACAGGUGAACGUCCUUUUUCAUGUUCAGAAUGUGGUAAAGGUUUUACUGAGAAAACAAACCUUCUUAGACACACAAGAACACACACAGGUGAGCGCCCUUAUUCAUGUUUAGAGUGUGGAAAAUGCUUUGCGGCAAAAAAAGCACUUCAAGUACACCGUAAACAGCACACAGAUGAGAGUGCUUUCCAGUGUUCAGAAUGUGGCAAACAUUUCACUCAGAAAGAAAAACUUAUUUCACACCAGAGAAUUCACACAGGUGAUGGACCUUUUACAUGUUCAGAGUGUGGGAAAUGUUACACUGAAAAAGCAGUUCUUCUUAGACACCAGAGAAUUCACACAGGUGAGCAACCUUUUUCAUGUUCAGAGUGCGGGAAAAGUUUCAGUGAGAAAGUAAAUCUCCUUAGACACCAGAGAAUUCACACAGGUGAACAUCCUUUUGCAUGUUCAGAAUGUGGGAAAAGUUUUGCUGAACAAAGUGCACUUCUUAAACACCAGAGAACUCACACAGGCGAGCGUCCUUUCCCAUGUUCUGAGUGCGGGAAAAGUUUCACUGUGAAGCACCAUCUUCUUCAACAUCAGAGAAUGCACACCGGUGAGCGUCCUUUUUCAUGCCCAGAUUGCGGGAAAAGUUUCACUGAAACAGGAAGCCUAAGUACUCACCGGAAAAUCCACAUGGGCGAGCGUCUUUUUUCCUGUCCUGAGUGUGGCAAAUGCUGCACUCAGAAAGAAAACCUUCUUAGACACCAGAAAACUCACACCGGCGAGCGUCCUUUUUCAUGUUCAGAGUGUGGGAAAAGUUGUACAGAGAAAGCAAACCUUCUCAGACACCAGAGAAUUCACACAGGAGAACGUCCUUUUUUCUUGUCCAGAGUUCGGGAAAUGUUUCACUAUUAAAGGAGACCUUCAUAGACACCAGAAAGUUCACACACGCGAACAGCCUUUC